AUGGACCCCUUCCAAGUGCGCUUGAACUGCGUGGAUCAUUACCAAGCGGCCCCAUCCGAGUUCGAUCCGCCUUUGCCUUACCGGGAUGGCGCGACAGGAAAAUAUGACAGGCCCAAAGUGCCGGUGAUCAGGGUCUUUGGGGCCACGGAGACUGGCCAGAAGGUCUGCGUCCACAUCCAUGGCGCGUUUCCUUAUCUGUACGUCGAGUAUACUGGCGAUUUAAAUCCAGAACACGUGAGCUCUUCAAUUCGGAGUCUGCAUCUCUCUAUCGAUCGUGCGCUAGCGGUCAGCUACCGGCGCAAUGAACACGACAAAAGAGCCUUCUUUGUUGCUCAUAUCACCCUUGUAAAGGGCGUGCCAUUCUACGGCUACCAUGUGGGAUACCGGUUCUACUUCAAGAUCUAUCUUCUAAAUCCCAUCUACACGACAAGACUUGCGGAUUUACUCCUACAAGGGGCGGUGCUGAAGCGCCCCUUACAGCCCUAUGAAAGCCAUUUGCAAUACAUCCCGCAGUGGAUGUGCGACUACAGCUUGUUCGGCUGUGCUAUCAUGAAGUGCGGCAAGGUUAAGUUUCGCUCACCUGUACCUGAGUAUAUGGAAUUGAGUAAUCUGGAACAUCGCUGGCACGACCGAUCUAUAAAUCCCGACAGUGUCUCCGGUGAAACUGAUUUGCCUAAACAAAGCCACUGUCCGUUGGAGGUAGACGUGCAUGUGCAGGAUAUCUUAAACCGCGUGGAAAUCAGGGAGAGAGAUAUCCAUCAUGACUUCACCGAGCUGUUCAAAUCAUUCCCAUCGGAUGAGCGAUUGGUCCCUAGCAUGGCUGGCCUGUGGCAAGAUGAGUCCCGAAGACGGAAAAGACGACUUGGACAGCUUGACCCGGGAAGUAGCCCUUUCAGGGCCGAGGACCUUGUUUCCUUCUCGUCAAGCUCAAGGAAUCAAUCGAAGGGCGGCUGGAUCCAUGAAGAUGAGUUUCGCGAUAUGGCUGCUCAGCUCGCCGCUGAAGAGAAACGCGCUACUGGUGGAGCGGAUGUGACUUUUGAUAAUUAUCUUCACCCGAAUCCCCUGGAGAAAAACAUCAAGACGGCGAUGGAGAGCGUUGAAGAUCUUUUCGCGGACAAUAACGAGGUUUCAAAUUUGGAAGCGUAUCAAGGUCGAAAUGAGAGUGCGCUCGAUGGUGUGGAAGCACAAGUCAAUGAGGAUGUAGCAUUGUCUGCCCAGCCGUAUGGGAGUUCAUACUGUUCCGAUGACGAGGACGUGGCAGACAUCUUUUCGGAAGGCAACGAAGAAUACGAAGAUGACGAAGAAGGUGCAGAAUCCAUGGAUGAUGAUCCGGAAGAUGAGCUUUUGCUUUUGGACGUGCCUGGAAAAUUAGCAGGGGACCGGCGCCAGGAGCCUCUUGAAACCUUCAAUGGACAUGUCCCGGAUGCUUCUAGAUUAUCGAAGCGCCGUCGAAGUAAUCUAAUGGAUGAAGUUGACCCCCGGAAAAGAGGAAGGAUUCUUGGGGAUACGCAAUCUCACAGCUUUCCGAGAACGCUUCAAAAUUUCGAUAGGAGUUUCCGCCGACGUGAAAGUGAAACCGGGGAGGUUAAGUCGAACGAACACUCAGGGUCCCAAUCAUCGCAGCAUAAGCCCCCAGCAUCGCAGCUUGCUACUCACUUCAGGGGCGAAGGCCAGAAGAGUAAAUUGAACUUUCCUGUUGUAAAGGACCCCAACGACCCUAUGACAAUUCUGCGAUUUAGUCAAGAUGGCGCCAGUCCCUUGAAAGCAACAAUGGAGACUGCAGAACAUAGUGGUAUUCCUCAAUCUCCUGCAAACAUCUCCAAGGAAUCGACCCAUGACGAUAUGUCGUCUCUGCCGCAAUCAUCAUCAUCGGAAAUCAAACCACGUACCACGAAUCCACAUGUGUCGGAAUUGGCGACAGUGAUUAGAGAUGCCUUCAGUAUACCGCUGGGUUCCCAAGUGUACUGUUUGCAGAUUCCGUGUCCAACCCCCGAGGAGGUCUCUUCAACCCUCAAGGAUUACGGAUGCCCGUCUGCUGUGUACCAGAAGGCUUUCUACAGCAACGAAAGUGAUGUUCCUGAUCGACCUCGAGACUAUGCGGGUAGGGAAUUUCGCUUGGAAGGCAACAGCAUACAUUAUCUUCCCGAUUUCGAUCCGUCAGGCAGAUAUCUUGCAUUGAUGGGAGAUCAACCCGGUCCGACACGAGAUAAGCAAGAACAGCAGAAACUCGAUCAGUUUCUACGAGAAUCCACCAAUUGCAGAGUAUGGGAGUUUGCGCCUGUGCCCCCGAGUCGCUCUGAGGUAGUUGAGUGGUUUGAAAACAUGCAGUCCGAGAUGCGGGACAAAUCUGCUAAGCAUGGAACCGACCUUCGUGCACCGGAAACGAAACCAAACGUUUUGUCACAAAUCGAGGGUCCUACGCAGGCCAAUGAAUACGGGUUCAAAUACUCCCAGAAGAAGAGUUCUACGAAUGUAGAGCAUCAGGCUCAAUAUAUGAGCAUAAUGAGCUUGGAGGUUCACGUGAAUACUCGUGGCGUUCUUGCCCCAAACCCGGACGAAGAUGAGAUCACCGGUGUAUUCUGGGCGAUUAAAUCAGACGACGAAGACUUGGAUAUCAACAGCCAUCUACCAGGUGUCCACGUCGGAAUUGUAUUCCAGGGCGAGGGUGAUAUGCCAGAGGCUAAGGUGUCCAAAGCCUUGAGAAUCGAUUUAGAACAUGAACCAACCGAACUUGAUUUACUUACCCGGAUAGUGGACAUUGUGCGUUUCCAUGACCCGGAUAUCAUCACCGGAUACGAAGUCCACAAUAGCUCUUGGGGAUAUUUGAUCGAGAGAGCUAGGAAAAAAUAUGACUACGACAUGUGUGAUGAACUCUCCAGAGUCAAAGCACAGGCGCGUGGAAGAUUUGGCAAGGAGGCUGAUCGAUGGGGCUUCAACCAUACAUCUUCUAUCCGAAUCACGGGGCUCCAUAUAGUCAACAUUUGGCGAGCGAUGAAAAGUGAGCUGAAUUUGCUCCAAUACACGAUGGAAAAUGUAGUGUUCCAUUUGCUGCACCGUCGAACACCUCACUAUUCAUUCCGUGACCUCACCGACUGGUACAAGAGUGGACAGCCCCGGAGCCUGUUGAAAGUAAUCGGCUACUUUGUUGCGCGUGUGCAAAUGAACCUCGAAAUCAUUGACUCCAGCGAGCUGAUAUCGAGAACCAGUGAGCAAGCACGACUCCUUGGUAUCGACUUCUUUUCUGUCGUCUCUCGAGGCUCUCAAUUCAAGGUGGAGUCCCUGAUGUUCCGAAUAGCGAAACCGGAGAACUUUCUCCUCGUGUCCCCGAGCAAGAAACAAGUCGGCCAGCAGAACGCCCUCGAAUGCCUGCCACUAGUCAUGGAGCCUCAGAGUGACUUCUACACUAGCCCUCUUCUGGUCUUGGAUUUUCAGUCGCUGUACCCUAGCAUCAUGAUCGCUUAUAAUUACUGCUAUUCGACGUUCCUUGGAAGAGCACGCCCAUGGAUGGGUCGCAGCAAAAUGGGAUUCACAGACUAUGAGAGGCAACCGGGCCUGCUGGAGCUAUUCAAAGACAAGAUCAACAUCGCGCCAAAUGGCAUGAUGUACGCGAAGCCGGAGGUACGGACAUCACUCCUAGCAAGGAUGCUGGCCGAGAUUCUAGAAACACGAGUGAUGGUAAAGGCGGGAAUGAAAGAGGACAAAGACGACAAGGCGCUCCAACGCCUUCUCAAUAACAGACAGCUCGCCCUCAAGCUCAUCGCCAACGUGACAUACGGGUACACCUCUGCAUCAUUCUCGGGAAGGAUGCCUUGCUCGGAGAUAGCCGACAGCAUUGUCCAGUCAGGCAGGGAAACACUCGAAAAAGCAAUAGCGUUCAUCCACUCCGUCGAUCGCUGGGGUGCCGAGGUCGUCUACGGCGACACGGAUAGCCUUUUCGUGUACCUCAAGGGACGAACGCGGGACCAAGCCUUCGACAUCGGCGAAGAGAUCGCCAAAGCCGUCACGGAGAUAAACCCACGCCCAGUGAAGCUCAAAUUCGAAAAAGUCUACCACCCUUGCGUCCUACUCGCGAAGAAACGCUACGUGGGCUUCAAGUACGAACACCGGGACCAAAAGGAGCCAGUCUUCGACGCGAAGGGCAUCGAAACAGUUCGCAGGGAUGGCACACCCGCCGAACAGAAGAUCGAAGAAAAAGCCCUCAAACUCCUCUUCCGCACCGCCGACCUAAGCCAAGUCAAGGAGUAUUUCCAAAAGCAGUGCACAAAGAUUAUGCAAGGAAACGUCUCCAUCCAAGACUUCUGCUUCGCGCGAGCAGUCCGACUAGGAACCUACAGCGAGCGAGGCCUCCCCCCACCGGGUGCACUGAUCAGCACAAAAAAGAUGCUCGAGGAUCCCCGCCAGGAGCCCCAGUACGGCGAACGCGUCCCAUACGUAGUCGUCACGGGGGCGCCCGGAUCGAGACUAAUCGACCGGUGCGUCUCCCCCGAGACACUCCUCUCCGACGCUCAGCUCGACCUCGACGCCGAGUACUACAUCACCAAGAACCUGAUCCCGCCACUAGAGCGGAUCUUCAACCUCGUCGGCGCCAACAUCCGCCAAUGGUACGACGAAAUGCCCAAAGUGCAACGCAUCCGCCGCGUCGAAGGCACUACUUCAACCUCCUCAGGAAAGGACUCCCGCAAAACCCUCGAAUCAUACAUGAAAUCCUCCUCGUGCGUAGUCUGCAAAUCCAAACUCGACAACACGGACGCUCCCGUCUGCGCCGCCUGCAUGAGCCAGCCCCACGUCGCGCUGCUCGACCUGACUACUCGCCAGAAGCAGGCUGAAAAGAGGGUGUCGGACCUCCACCGCGUGUGUCGCUCUUGCAUGGGCGUCCCGUUCGGCGAUGACGUUAAGUGCGAUAGCAAGGAUUGUCCCGUGUUUUAUUCUCGGACGAGACAUUCGGCGAAUUGGAGACAUACGAGGGCUGUGUUGGGGCCUGUUAUGGGGUUGUUGGAGAAUCGUGAAAGUGGUUUGGAAUGGUGA